UGAAACUGCAGAGAACCGCAGGAGAAAGAGCCGAAGGAGAUUGAACCUGAAUCAUCAUCUUCAACUCAUGUUUCAAACAGUCAGAUUUGUUAGCUAACUGCAAACAAAAUCAAAUGUUCAUCAGUCUAAUUUAAUCAUCAAAUCCGCCAUGGAUCGAAUCCUUAAAUCUGCACGCGCCUCUGGUUCUCUCAACCUCUCCAAUCGCUCCCUCAGCGAAGUGCCCGAUGAGGUUUACAAAAGUAUGGACGCCAUUGGCGGAGAUGAGAAAUGGUGGGAGGCUGUGGAGCUGCAGAAGCUGAUCCUAGCUCAUAAUGAAAUUGAAUCGCUGAAGGAAGAUUUGAAAAAUUUGCCUUUAUUAGUUGUGCUGAAUGUUUGCCACAAUAAACUCACGCGCCUCCCGGCAGCUAUUGGAGAGCUUCAUAUGCUGAAAUCACUUGAUGUCUCGUUUAAUUCGUUAGAGGAAAUCCCCGAAGAAAUUGGAUCGGCAGCUUCUCUGGUGAAGUUUGAUUGUUCGAAUAACAAAUUGAGCUUCCUUCCUAAUUCCCUUGGACGUUGCUUAAAUUUAGCAGAGCUGAAGGCAUCGAAUAAUAAAAUUUCCAGUUUGCCAGAAGAGUUGGCGAAUUGUUCAAAAUUAACGAAAUUGGAUAUAGAGGGAAACAAGGUGGAAAUGCUGUCUAAUAAUUUCAUUGCAUCGUGCACCAUGCUAAUGGAACUCAACGCAUCUAAAAAUUUACUAAGCAGUAUGCCAGAGAGUAUUGGGUGCCUUUCACGUUUAAUUAGGCUUGACCUUCACCAAAACAGAAUUUCAGCGAUCCCAUCAUCAAUAAAAACCUGCACGUCCCUUCUAGAGUUUUACAUGGGGAACAAUGCACUGUCUUCAUUGCCUGCAGAAAUUGGAUCGUUGACUCAGCUGGGGACAUUUGAUCUUCAGUCAAACCAGUUGAAAGAAUAUCCCGUGGAGGCGUGCAGCUUGCGUCUUUCCAUUCUUGACCUGUCUAAUAAUUCCCUGUCUGGCUUGCCUCCUGAGAUCGGCUUGAUGUCAACAUUGCGGAAACUUUUACUCACUGGUAAUCCGCUGCGAACACUUCGGAGCACCUUGGUAAAUGGACCGACACCUGCUCUACUGAAGUAUCUCCGAAGUAGAGUCCCGGCAAAUGAAGAGUCUGUAGCAACCACACCUGUGAAAGAGGAUUUCGUCAGCAUGGCUACUCGGUCAUCUCUCUCUUCAAAGGAACUUUCUUUAGUCCGGAUGGGCCUGACAGCUGUCCCAUCAGAAGUAUGGAAGUCGAGCAGCAUUACGAAAGUCAAUCUCUCAGGGAAUUCGAUUGAAGACUUACCUUCCGAGGUUCAAUCUUGCGUCUCCCUUGAGGCUUUGAUUUUGUCCAAGAACAAAAUAAAAGAGUGGCCUGCUGCAGUUUUGGCUUGCCUUCCUAAACUUUUGUGCUUGAAACUCGAUGGUAAUCCAUUAAAAAAGAUCCCAUCAGAUGGCUUUCAAGCCGUUUCCAAGCUCCAGAUUUUGGAUCUAAGUGGAACUACAGGCUCUUUACCAGAAAACCCAUCAUUUUCAAGCUUACCAGAGUUGCAGGAGCUUUACCUGAGGCGGAUGCAAAUAUCAGCUUUCCCGUUGGAGAUAUUGACUUUACAGCAGUUGCGGAUUCUUGAUUUGAGCCAAAAUUCCCUUCAAUCAAUUCCAGAGAACAUUAAGGAUCUUACUUCUCUUACAGAGCUUAACCUGUCAGACAACAAUAUUUCUUCGCUCCCACCAAAUCUGGGUUUGCUUGAACCCAGCCUGCAGGUGUUGAAACUUGAAGGAAACCCAUUGAGAAGCAUUCGAAGAGCAAUAUUGGACCGAGGAACAAAAGGGGUCCUGAGCUACUUGAAGGAGAGAAUUGUCGAGAAGUGAAGCGUUUGCACUUUUUACCACAGCUCGAGUUUCAUAUCAUCGAUAUGCUGAAUUUGAAAAGAACCGUUCUUUUUUCUUCAAGUUUUCAUGUUUCGUGUGGAGGAUAUAUAAUAUAUAAUCGAAUUCAUAUGUUGUAUCAUGGUAUUCGUUUUAGCCUGGAUCCGUUGUGAACCUAAGAAUUACUCGAUUAUUUUGGUUGAGUGUGUGUGUGUGCGUUUUUGACAGGGUUAAACUUUUGUAAUUGUUGUUGUAAACAACAAUGAAUUACCAGAUGUUGUACAAUACUUGGAAGUUAAUUUUAAUACAUAUUUCAUUUGA